AUGACCUCGAAUUCUGCUCCCAACGACUUCUCCUCCAUCCCCAUACUUGAUUAUUCCCUAUUAAAUACGAUUGAUGGCAAAUCAAAGUUCUUGGAUCAGCUUCGCCAUGCGCUUAUCAACGUUGGAUUUCUCUACCUGUCCAACCAUUCGGUGUCACAAGCAGACAUUAACUCGUUGAUCGAAUAUAUCCCGAAACUAUUCGACCUACCCCAGGAGGCAAAGGAUGACAUCAAGAUGGCAAAUUCUGAACAUUUUUUGGGUUAUUCGCGCUUGGGAGCAGAGUUGACAAAAGGGGCGGUCGACCAGAGGGAGCAGUUUGACUUUGCGACGAAGCAUGUUUCGAGGUGGAAGAAGGAAAGCGAUCCGGAUUAUUUCCGACUAUGGGGUCCUUGCCAGUGGCCAGAUGAGAAACUCAUUCCCGGUUUUAGAGAUACAAUGGAGCGUUAUUUAGACCAAGUUCAAGCCCUCAGCUACAAAUUUGCCUCCCUCAUAGCCGAAGCAUUUGGUCUUGGGCCUGAUGGGCUCUCUGAAUUCUACGACUCGCCAGAAUUGAUGCAGCACCGCUCUAAGAUCGUGAAGUAUCCUGUUGUCGAGGGUUCGAGCGACCAGGGUGUUGGUCCUCACUACGAUGCUGGUUUCCUAACAUUCCUUUUACAAGCAUCGGAUCAUCGAGGAUUGCAAGUACAGAAUCUAUCCGGGCAGUGGAUCGACGCCCCACCUGUACCCGGCACGUUUGUUAUUAACUUUGGAAAAGCUUUGGAAUUUGUUACCGGUGGACUUGCGAGAGCAACGUCUCAUAGGGUUCUUUCUCCCAAGGGUUCCACCCCACGAUAUUCAGUGCCAUUCUUCCAGAACAUUGGACUGGACGUGAAGCUUACCGAUCAUGUCCUCAAAUUCCCUCCCGAAAUAUUGGCUUUGAAGAGGACAAGAGGAAACGUUGCCGCUACUGACUCUGUCAACUUCACCGAAUUCGAUCGCGAACCGUCAGGGAAAGUCAAUUUGAUAGGCAGAGUAAAGAGCCACCCCGAUGUUGCGGAGCGUCAUUAUCCAGAACUUUUCAAGAAAGUGUUCCCUAACGGAUAUUCUGGCAAGGGAAGUGCCUACUGA